UCCCUAUAGAACGAGUGGCAUUGCUGACAGGAGUGGCGGACUGACUGAUUGGUGUGUUGUGUGUAGUUGUUAAACCAAACGAUAAACCAAAAAUGUGUCCUACCUUGAAAUCACAAAUGGGAUAGUUUAUGCUGAGGAACCACCUUAUUCAACUUUAAGUAGUAUUUCGUCCUUUGUGUUGAGGUACGGAAAAUGUAAGCUCGUGUGGAAGAUAGACAUCGGAAGAGUCCCUUAAGUUAUUGAAAGUAACAAGUUUGACGCAACUGAUGCCUUUCGCCGCCAGAACAGAAUUUGGCUCAUUAUGUCCUGGUAAUCAGGUGUUAUGACAGAGAGAGGAGGAAGUUAGAAGAGGAUCAGGAAGACACAGGUAAGAGGACUUUGAUAGUACAAAGAUGGAGGACAAUGACACGAAAAGCAACGAGAGUAAGAUGAUGGUCGGAGAGGACCCGGGUAGUGGUGGUGAUGAAGGCUUGGAUCCUUCCCUCACCUUCUUCGAGCGGGUAAUGGUGGCUGUGGGAACGGAAGGACGCUACCAGAAGCUCCUGCUGUAUGCCUUCAUGCUGCCCCUCUCUUUCUACUCCCCAUUCGGCGCCUCUUCCCUCCUGCUGAUGAUGUCCACCCCCGACCAUUCUUGUCAUGUGCCGGGCCGAGCAAAGCACAAUGUAAGCGUGGAGGAGUGGCAGAACAUGACGCUACCUUGGGAGGCGGGGGCGGACGGGACACGACAGCUGAGCAAGUGUUCCAUGUACAACAUCAGCUACGGUGUCGGAAGAGGCGGCCAUAACACCUUCGUCAUCGACAAUACCACCACUACCUACUGUCAGUACGGAUGGGACUACGACCGCAGAAACUGGCAAGAGACUUCGGUCACUCACUUCGACUGGGUGUGUGACCAGGCCUCUACAGUCACCACCAUCUUCUCCCUGGCUGUGGCGGGCAACGCUGUGGGCACGUUACUGCUCUCCAUCCUCGCUGACAGGGUGGGUCGCCGGCCGGUAUUCUUCCUGGCGGCGUCCAUCAACUUUUUCUUCGGCGUCGUCAACAUGUACAUGCCCAACUGGCAGUUCUUCGCCAUCGCCCGCUUCUUGAACUGCUUCGCUUUCUUCAGUAUCUACCAGAUGCCCUACAUCAUCGUGGUGGAACUAAGCUCAGAGAAACUACGAGGGCUGACGGCGGCGUUGUCGUUCGUGGUGGGGACACUAGGCAUGUGUUGUGUCUCCCUGUGCGCCUGGCUCCUCGCUAACUGGAGGUCCUUCGGCUUACUCUGUCACAUUCCGUCCAUCCUCUUCCUCCUCUACUGGAAGUUCCUGCCGGAAUCGCCACGGUGGCUUCUUUCUGUGAACCGGGUGAAGGAGUGUGAGGCCAUCAUGACCCAGGUGGCAAUUACUAACGGCAGGAGGGUACCACCGGAUCUCCGACGCCUGCUGGAGGAAGCCAGGGCCGCUGAGAAAAAGUCAGCCUCAGUCAGAGAUCUCCUCAAACACAAGACACUCCGGAAGCACCUCCUCAUCGCUACUCUCAACACGGUGAUAUUCUGCGUGGUGUACUCCGGCAUCGUGCUCAACAUCCACAACAUGACUGGCAAUGAGUUCGUCAACUUCUUCGUCCUGUCACUUGUGGAGAUCCCCGGCAACAUCCUGGGCAUGGUCUCCGCGCAGUACCUGGGCCGGAGACUCACCACCAUCUACACACUCUCCCUCAGUGCUAUCUUUAGUGGUCUGGCGUCAACUGCAAUCACAGACCAGUGGUUGUUGGUGACAUUCUGCGGGCUGGUGAAGCUCUUUGUGACGGAGGCGGUGCUGGUGGUGUAUGUGCAGAUAGGUGAGCUCUUCCCGACGCCUCUUCGCUCCAUAUCCUACGGUGUCACAGCUGUCACGGGCCUCUCUGCUACUGUCCUCGUCCCGACCCUCAUGGCCUUGGGCAACACAGACAGGAAGCUCCCCUACUACAUUCUUUGCAGUCUGUGUCUGUGUGGGGCGAUGGUAAGUACCUUCCUGCCAGAGACCCUUGGCCUUCCUCUCCCUCAGACCGUCCAACAAGCCAGCAAAGUGGGGCGUGACCAACCCUACUGCGCCAUCGUCACACACUGGACCAAACACAACCGCACACCCUCGACGUACAGCCAUACCGAGGCAGAAAAGGGCAAGGCUACCGUCAAUGGUAUCACGUCUGCGUUUUAGUGUAGAUGACUGGACUUUGAAGGGACAGUUACUGAUAAUGAUGCUUUACUGAAUUCAUUAUAAGUUUAUAAUGAUUUAGAGUAAGAAAACCAAAGUGUAUUUUGUUAGGUACUUCGAGCAUUAUUGAAUCGAUGGGAAUUUCAUGUGUACAGAAGCGUAAACCAAAGAUAAUUUACGCCCGUAGUGCUACAAGGAGACGUCCCACCCUCUCAGAAGGAAAGUUUUACACCAGGUUGUAUACAAUUAAAAAAAAAUCACACCUGACGAAGAGUUGAUGUUAUAAUUUUAUUACUGGGCUUUAACAACUAAGGUCUUAAACGAGAGUAAAGAGUUGUUUGUGUUAGCCCUACUCUGUGGUGGUUGACCCUCAUAAUAUGAAGUAAACAGGUGAUUUAUUACACAAUAAAGAUGUGACAACGAAUUAAGGUGUAAAUGCUACAUGUUUAUCGGAUAAUUUUAAGAUGAUUUUAUUGAAUAACAAGAUUAAAUGCCUUACUGUGUGCUGUGGUAUUGAACUCUUGUCCUCUUGAUAAACUUUCCUAGUGAAUAACUGGAAGAUGAUAAGUUUAAUUCAAGUAUAAUAAAGCCGUUUUUAACUUA